AAAGCGUUCUGACAGGCCAAGUUCCAUUAGUGAAUAAGUUCAGUUCAUUGUUAUUCGACAUAGGGUGUGUACGUGUUUUCUAUAAGUUCAAUUAGAAGUAAAAUUAUUAUCAAAAUGGUGAAAGUAGACGUUAAAUAUACAAAGUUGUUUAUCAACAAUGAGUGGACGGAUGCGGUUAGCAAAAAGACUUUCCCCACCAUAAAUCCUCAAGAUGAAACUGUCAUUGCUAAUAUUGCAGAAGGAGACAAGGCUGAUGUAGACAAAGCAGUAGCAGCAGCCAAAAAAGCCUUCCACCGGUACUCAGAAUGGCGUACCAUGGAUGCGUCACGACGUGGUCUUCUAUUACUUAAAUUAGCGGAACUCAUUGAAUCACAAGCCCGAUAUCUAGCAGAACUUGAGACCUUAGAUACUGGGAAACCUGUUAAAAAUGCUGAGUAUGAUGUGUAUUUUUCCGCUUCAGUACUAAGAUAUUACGCUGGGAAAGCCGAUAAAAUUUUAGGAAAUACAAUACCUGCAGACGGUGAAGUUCUAACCUUUACGUUAAAAGAGCCCGUGGGAGUUUGUGCACAAAUCAUACCAUGGAACUAUCCCAUAUUAAUGAUGUCAUGGAAGAUUGCUCCAGCUUUAGCUGCAGGUUGCACAGUGGUGGUAAAACCCGCUGAACAGACUCCUCUGACAGCUCUCGCUGUGGCUACUCUUAUUAAGGAGGGGUUUCCUCCUGGAGUUGUAAACGUCGUCCCAGGCUAUGGGCCUACUGCUGGCGCUGCCCUUACGCAUCAUCCAGACGUUGACAAAGUUGCAUUCACUGGCUCUACUGAGGUCGGUCGUAUUAUAUUGGGAGCUGCUCCUUCUGUGAAUCUGAAACGAGUGGCUUUGGAGCUCGGCGGGAAAAGUCCAUUGGUGAUAUUCAAUGAUGCUGAUGUGGAAAAAGCAGCUCAAAUUGCACACGCAGCUGCUUUUGAAAAUGCAGGACAGUGCUGCUGUGCUGGUACCAGAACUUAUGUCCAGUCCGGCAUAUACGACCAAUUCAUUGCGAAGGCAGCUGAAAUCGCUAAGAAGCGGUCCGUCGGAAAUCCCUUCGAGAAUGUUCAACAGGGACCUCAGAUCGACAAAGAGAUGUACAAUAAGGUGCUUGCCUACAUAGAGGCGGGAAAGCAAGGAGGCGCAAGAUGUAUUGCUGGCGGUGACAAGCUAGGAAAUAAAGGAUACUACAUUCAGCCCACCGUCUUCGCUGAUGUCAAGGAUGAUAUGAAAAUAGCUAGAGAAGAGAUCUUUGGCCCCGUACAAAGUAUUUUCAAAUUCGAGACUUUAGAAGAAGUAAUCGAUCGGGCCAACGACACAAACUAUGGACUUGCAUCUGGUAUUAUCACAAACGAUAUCACAAGAGCCUUAACUUUCGCUAAGCAUGUAAAAUCUGGAUCCGUUUGGAUAAAUACAUAUGACCAUUUAACAAGUCAAACUCCAUUCGGUGGUUUCAAGGAAUCCGGCCUCGGCAGGGAGUUAGGAGAAGAUGGUAUCAAUCAGUAUUUAGAAUGCAAGACUGUAACAUUGAAUUUGCCAAAAGUGUCCCAAUUUUAAACGCCAUAUUUUCACCUGUCAUACAAAACCUGAUAACCUUAUGUAUUAUUAAUAAGUAAACUAUGUGUGCCUGCUUAUAUUUUGUUAUUUUUUACUACAUUUACAUAAAAACGUUAUUGUAAUACUAAUGGCUGUUAAUUAAAUACUUGAUUUUUCAA